AUGGCCACCCACAGAAACAACAACAAAACCAAGAAGAUAGGUAGGAUGGUGAAGCUAAGGAUUCUAAUUGAAAAACUCCAGAAAGGUUUGUUGCUUAUUGGAAGGAGAUCGUCAAGUUCUUGCUAUGACGUCCCAAAAGAUGUGAAAGAAGGGCAUUUUGCAGUGAUAGCUGAGGAUGGGGAGGGACCGAUGAGAUUUGUGGUGUCACUGAGAUAUUUGACCCAUCCUACAUUUUUGAGGCUGUUGGAGCAAGCGACCCAGGAGUACGGAUUUGGUCAAGAAGGUGCAAUAAGCAUUCCUUGCAGGCCGUGUGAACUUGAGAGCAUAUUGGCUCAGCCAUGGCCUGAAGAAGAGGGAGCCUUAGAAAAUCCUGGGACUCUCGGAGUCAAGCCCUGCUUCAAAGCUCCUGCAGAUGAUACCAACAUGAAGGAAUGGAUUUGCCCGUCUAAUUAAUCUCUGAUUUGUUAAAUCCAGCCUUGCUUUCUCGAGUGAAAUCGAUGCAGUUUGCUCAGAAGAGUUAGCCAAGACCUAAG